AUGGAUCCAAUCGCCAAUCCGACGGUACAGGUGCAGGACGGAAUGACUACGAGCGACGGGAGACCAUAUGCCGAACCAGAUGAGAUUUGGGAUGGGUUGAGAAGGACAGUGUCGAAGAUGACAGGACGGUCGAAAACGGGGAGCGAAGCGAAGCAGUCUAUUCAUCAAGAGAUGGAAAUCCGAUCGCACGGGCGUACACGGUCGCAUCGGACGCAACCCAUCGACGAACUAGACGAAGAGCCCGGAAUACCUAUCGUAGACGCAGAGGAUGACUUUCCUGAAGGUGGACUGCGUGCAUGGCUCGUUGUCGCAUCAGCGUGCUUGAUGCUGUUCCCUUCUUUUGGCUUCAUGGUUUCCAUCGGCACACUUCAGGACUACUGGGGCCAGCAUCAACUCUCGUACAUGUCGGCGCGUGAUAUCGGAUGGAUCCCUUCGGUCUUCGUUUACUUGUCCCUUGCGCUGGGCAUCUGGGUGGGACCACUCUUUGACCGUUAUGGGCCACGGUGGAUCGCUUUGACCGGAAGUGUCAUGUUCCUACUGAUGAUUUUCCUACUUGCUGAGUGCGACAAGUUCUGGCAGAUGAUCCUUUGCUGUGGUAUACUGGGAGGGUUCUCCGGCGCCAUGCUGACCACUACGAGUCUUGCGGUGGUUGCGCAUUGGUUCAAAGCGAGACGAGGCCUCACCCAAGGCAUCGCAAUGAUGGGAAGCUCCGCUGGUGGUUUGGCAAUUCCGUUAAUCUUACGCACCACCCUUCCAAAGUAUGGCUACGCAUGGUCACUCCGGAUACUGGGCUUUGUAUUCCUCUUUUGCUUCAUCGUCGCCAACAUCCUGAUGAAAGCUCGCAUUCCACCAUCUGCUGCUGCAAAGAAGAAGGCCAUAAUCUCACUGUCCAUCUACGGUGAUCUAAGGUUGAGCCUGUUCACAUUGAGUGUUUUCGGUUUUGAGGUCGUUCUCUUUGGUGGACUGGGCAUCAUGCCUACAUAUGCAUCGAUAAGCACCAACUUUCCGCCGGAUACUGGAUUCUAUCUCAUUGCCGUACUCAAUGGAGUAUCUUGCCUCGGACGACUAUUUCCAGGCUAUGUCGCAGACAAGAUUGGUCGAUUCAAUACCCUAUUCGUCAUGAUUCUGUUCACUUUGCUCUGGAUGUUGGUCCUGUGGUUGCCGUUUGGUACAACAUCGCUUCCAGCUCUGUACGCUUUCGCAGCGCUCUUUGGAUUUGGUACGGGUUCAUGGAUGGCUCUUACGCCUGCAUGUGUGGGACAGCUAUGCAGAGCGGAAGAGUUUGGCCGAUACUAUGGAAGCAUGUACUUCAUCGCUUCUCUUGCGACGCUGGUCUGCAUCCCAAUCAGUGGAGAGCUCGUUGAGACUGUCGGGCCUCAACCUAUGGUAGCUUUCUUCUGUGCAAUCCUCGGGUUGUCGUUGAUUAGCUUCUUGUUCAGUCGCUGGGCGUGUUUAGGAAGACGUUGGACGUUGAGAGUCAAAGUAUAA